AGGUUCUUUACUUAUACGUUGGAAGUGCAGCAGACAAAAGGGAUCUAGAUAAGCUAUAUGUAAGCAUAAAUGUCUUGGUUUAUAGGAGGGACUCUACAAACCAAGAUAUAAAUCCCCAUAAAUCAUGGGAGAAUGUUUCUCCCAACUCCAUAACUUCUUAGACUGGAGGCUCUCAAGCAAUUCAGUAGUGUUGACCACAUCUCAGUACAGAGAGUGACUUGUGAACCAUCUCCUCUCCCAGUUGUGAUUCUGUGGCUCCCCUUCUGAAGUUUUAUUCAUGAUCACAGAAUGUCCUUGUGGCAAAUAAAGAAAUUGUUUCCAUGGAAGAGUAAAAUUGGGAAAGUAUCUAUGUAGUUUUAGCUUCUUGUAAUUAACUUUAUGAGCUGGAAACAAGGAGAGAGCCAUCACCAUGUGACCUGCUGGCUUCCACAGACCACCAGGAAGUGUUCCAUACACCAAGUGGAGCACCUCUGUCAGACAUUUUCUUGUAUUGUUGGCAUAUUGGCAACAUUUUUACCCUACUCUUUUCUAAAAUCAGGACCAAAAAUACUUGCUCAAUGCUGUACAAGGAAAAUAGAAAUAUACUCCCUAUAUUAAAUAGCCUAAGAGCCUUAUUUCCAGAGGUGGCUAAGUCUCUGCAGCUCCCACUGACUUCAAGAGGUGGGUGCUUAACACUUCUAAAAAAUCAGACUCCAGAUGACACUGAAAAGAAUUAUUGGGAAACCAACAGGAGGUGCUGAUUCAGAUUUGAAUUUUUUUAUCACUCUUUUUUUCUGCAAUGUUGGAAUGAAGAAGACAACAGAGUCAGAUGGGAACUAAGUAUGGCUGUGGAGGAGGUGGCUGCGGAGCCUGCACUGUGAUGAUCUCCACUUAUGAACCUGCUUCCAAGAACAUAAGACAUUAUUCUGCCAAUGCCUGUCUAUUACCUAUAUGCUUGUUGCAUGGCGUUGCAGUCACCACUGUGGAAGGCAUAGGAUGCACAAAAACCCGGAUACAUCCAGUUCAGGAAAGGCUGGCCAAGUGCCAUGGCUCUCAAUGUGGCUUUUGCACCCCUGGAAUGGUGAUGUCCAUGUAUGCUUUGCUGAGAAACCACCCUGAACCCUCCAUGGAGCAGAUAACUGCAGCUCUGGCGGGUAACUUGUGCCGCUGCACUGGGUAUAGGCCAAUCUUAGAUGGCUGUAAAACCUUCUGUAAGGAACCAUUUUGUUGUCAAAGUAAAGAAAAUGGGAACUGUUGCUUGGAUCAAGAAGACAAACUCAAAGGAGAGAAGAUUUCCACCAAACUGUUUUCAGCCGAUGAAUUUCAGCCCUUGGACCCCACCCAGGAGUUUAUAUUUCCACCAGAAUUAAUGACAAUGGCUGAAAAUCAGCCAAAAAGAACUCUUGUUUUCCAAGGGGAAAGAACAACAUGGAUUUCACCUGCUAGCCUAAAGGAGCUUCUGGAGCUGAAGGCUAAGUACCCCAAAGCACCUCUCGUGGUGGGGAACACCAGUGUGGGGCCUGAAAUGAAAUUUAAAGGAGUGCAUCAUCCAGUUAUCAUCUCUCCUGCAAGGAUCCUAGAUCUGAAUAUGGUGAGAUACACAGACAAUGGACUAACCCUUGGAGCUGCCUGCAGUCUGGCUGUAGUGAAAGAUGUCCUGACAAACACAGUCUCAGAACUUCCAGGAGACAAGACAAAGAUUUUCCGUGCUCUCUUGCAUCAGUUAAAAACUCUGGGAGGACAGCAGAUCAGAAACAUUUCCUCUUUAGGUGGAAACAUUAUGAGUAGAAAGUCAACAUCUGACUUGAAUCCCAUUCUAGCAGUUGGCAACUGUACCCUCAACCUGGCAUCAAGAGAAGGAACACGGAGGAUUUCUUUGAGUGACAUUUUUGCCAAUGGAGUUGGUAACAAUACCCUUAUGCCAGAAGAAGUCUUAAUCUCUGUUCACAUCCCUCAUUCCAGGAAGGGGGAGUUUGUAUCAGCAUUCCGACAGGCCCAGCGCCGGGAAAAUGCUCUACCUAUUGCUAAUGCUGGGAUGAGGGUACUUUUUGCGGAAGGCACAGACAUAAUUAUGGACUUUGGCAUUUUCUAUGGCGGCAUUGGCUCUACCACCGUCUGUGCAAAACAAACCUGUCAGGCACUCAUAGGGAGGCACUGGAAUGAGCAAAUGCUGGAUGAAGCUUGCAGACUGGUUCUUAAAGAAGUUUCUCUGCCAGGCUCAGCCCCAGGUGGGAAAGUGGAAUAUAGAAGGACUUUGACUGUCAGUUUCCUCUUCAAAUUCUACCUGGAAGUGCUUCAGUCAUUGAACAGAAUGGACCCCCAUCUGUAUCCUGACAUAUCAGAGAAAUAUGGGAAUGUGCUACAAGAUUUCCAACCCCAAAUGCCCCAGAGCGAACAAAUAUACCAGGAAGUAAACCCAGAGCAGCUUCCCAAGGAUCCAGUAGGACGUCCCAUCAUGCACCAGGCUGGUAUAAAACACGCCACUGGUGAAGCUCUUUACUGUGAUGACAUUCGUGCUGUGGAUGAAGAGCUCUUUCUGGCUGUGGUAACCAGUUCCAGAGCCCAUGCAAAGAUUGUAUCGAUUAAUACAUCAGAGGCCCUCAAAGCACCAGGAGUGUUUGAUAUUAUAACAGCUCAGGACGUCCCAGCCACAAACGAGUUCUACUAUUACAGUGAUCCAGAGAUUAUAUUUGCAAAAGAUAAGGUAAUUUGCGUGGGUCAGAUUGUCUGUGGUGUGGUUGCGGAUUCAGAUGUUCAUGCCAAACAAGCAGCUGCAAAAGUGAAGAUAGAGUAUGAAGAUCUGGAGCCGGUGAUCCUGACUGUUGAGGAGGCUAUAAAGCACAAUUCAUUCUUUGAGCCACAAAGAAGACUAGAACAAGGAAAUGUUGAUGAAGCAUUUGAAACUGUAGAUCAAAUACUUGAAGGGGAGAUCCACAUCGGGGGACAGGAACAUUUUUACAUGGAGACUCAGUGUGCGCUUGUUGUGCCAAAAGGAGAGGAUAAAGAAAUGGACAUGUAUGUGUCAACCCAACAUCCAGCACUUAUCCAGGAAAUGGUGGCCUCAUGUUUAGGAGUUCCAGCCAAUAAGAUCAUGUGCCAUGUAAAAAGAAUCGGUGGAGCUUUUGGUGGGAAAGUAGGGAAAGCUGGUCUGUUGGCAUCUGUUGCUGCAGUGGCAGCAAACAAAACUGGUCGUGCAGUUCGUUUUAUCCUGGACCGGGGGGAUGAUAUGUUAAUCACAGGGGGCCGACACCCUCUCAUUGGCAAAUAUAAAGUUGGCUUCAUGAAUGAUGGUAGGAUCGUGGCUGCAGAUGCUAAAUACUAUAUUAAUGGAGGAUGCACUCCUGAUGACUCUAUUCUGGUAACAGAGAUAGUCUUACUAAAAAUGGAUAAUGCUUACAAGAUUCCCAACUUGCGGUGCUGCAGUCGUGCCUGCAAGACGAACUUGCCAUCAAACACAGCAUUCCGAGGAUUUGGUUUCCCCCAGUCAGGACUGAUUACAGAAUCCUGGAUAACAGCUAUUGCAGCCAAAAGUGGUUUAUCACCAGAAAAAGUUAGGGAGAUAAACAUGUACAAAGAAACUGAACAAAUGUGCUACACUCAAGAGCUUGAUCCAGAGAACAUGGUAAAGUGUUGGAAUGAAUGUAUGGAGAAGUCUGAAUACUACAGCAGGAAAACAGCUGUGGAAGAAUUUAACAAGCAAAAUUACUGGAAGAAGAAGGGGAUUGCCAUUAUUCCCAUGAAGUUUCCAUUUGGCUUAUGCACACGUUUUCUAAGUCAGGCUGCUGCUCUGGUUCAUAUAUAUAUGGAUGGUUCUGUGCUUCUAACUCAUGGUGGAAUUGAAAUGGGACAAGGCAUCCACACCAAAAUGAUCCAGAUUGCCAGCCGGGAAUUAAAGAUCCCCAUGUCGAGUAUUCAUUUUUGUGAAACAAGCACAACAACUGUUCCUAAUGCUUGUGCUUCAGUAGGAUCUGCUGGAACGGAUGUCAAUGGAAUGGCAGUAAAGGAUGCUUGCCAGACUCUCUUGAAACGCCUGGAGCCCAUCAUUAGCAAGAACCCGAAAGGUACCUGGAAUGAUUGGGUUAAAGAAGCAUUUGAACAGAGCAUUAAUCUUUCAGCUACAGGGUACUUCAGAGGCUAUGAAGCUAACAUGGACUGGGAGAAAGGGGAAGGCCAUCCAUUUACGUAUUUUAUUUUCGGAGCUGCUUGUUCGGAGGUUGAAAUUGACUGUCUUACAGGAGAUCACAAGAACAUCCGAACAGACAUCGUUAUAGAUAUUGGAUGCAGCAUAAAUCCAGCUGUGGAUAUAGGACAGAUUGAAGGUGCCUUUGUUCAGGGCAUUGGACUUUAUACAAUGGAGGAGUUAAAAUACUCCCCAGAAGGCGUCUUGUACACUCGGGGCCCGGAUCAGUAUAAAAUCCCUGCAAUCUGUGACCUCCCAGAACAGUUCAGUGUUUCCUUGCUGUCAUCCUCACAAAAUCCUUAUGCCAUCUACUCAUCCAAGAUAAUAGAGAGGAAUGCAGACCCUGAAAAAUUGCUGUUGUCUUACCUAAGAAAGGGACUUCGUCUCUCAGGAACGAAAUAUGGUUGUGGAAUAGGUGGCUGUGGAGCCUGCACUGUGAUGAUAUCCACGUAUGAACCAACUUCCAAGAAGAUAAUGCAUUAUCCUGCCAACUCCUGUCUCUUACCCAUAUGCUCACUGCACAGCUCUGCUGUCACUACUGUGGAAGGCAUUGGAAGCACAAAAACAAGAGUUCAUCCAAUUCAGGAAAGGCUGGCCAAGUGCCAUGGCUCUCAAUGUGGCUUCUGCACCCCUGGAAUGGUGAUGUCCAUGUAUGCUUUGCUGAGAAACCACCCUGAGCCCUCCAUGGAGCAGAUAACUGCAGCUCUGGAUGGUAAUUUGUGCCGUUGCACUGGAUACAGACCUAUAAUAGACACCUACAAGUCUUUCAGUGGGGAAACAGCAUGUUGUCAACUGAGAGGAACAGGGCAAUGUUGCCUGGACAAAGAAGAUGUGUGCUCAUCUUCUGACAAGGAAAAUCAGAUGCAUUCUGGUCUCUGCAAUCCUGAAGAAUUCCAGCCUGUAGACCCAACCCAGGAGUUUAUCUUUCCUCCUGAACUAAUGAGAAUGGCUCAGGAACAGCAAAAAAGAACUCUGGUUUUCCGUGGGGAAAGAACAACGUGGAUUUCUCCCACUAACCUCAGGGAACUUCUGGAGCUGAAGGCUAUGUACCCUAAAGCACCUCUCAUUGUAGGGAACACCAGUGUGGGACUUGAGAUGAAACGUGAUGAUGUUCAUCAUCCAGUUUUCAUCCAUCCCACUAGGAUUCCAGAUCUGCAUGUUGUGAGUAAUACAAACAAUGGACUAGUGAUAGGUGCUGCCUGCUCUCUGGCCCAACUCAGAGACAUCCUGAUGAAAGUAGUCCCGGAGCUUCCAGAGGAGAAGACAAAGAUUUUCCGUGCUCUCUUGCAGCAGCUGAAAACCCUAGCUGGAGAACAAAUCAGGAGUUUGGCUUCCUUAGGUGGACAUAUUGUAAGUAGAGGUUCAACUUGGGAUCUGAACCCUGUCCUAGCAGUUGGCAACUCUGUCCUCAGUCUGGCAUCAAAAGAUGGAACACGACAGAUUCCUUUAAAUGAUCAGUUUCUUGCUGGAUAUGAAAAUGCAGAUCUUAAACCAAAAGAAAUCAUAGUCUCUGUUCUCAUCCCAUACUCUAAGAAGGAUGACUUUGUGUCAGCAUUCCGACAGGCUGAGCGCCGGAGAAACGCUGUAUCAGUUGUGAAUUCUGGAAUGAGAGUCCUUUUCAAACCAAACACUGACAUCAUUAUGGACAUGAAUAUUUUAUACGGAGGCACUGGCCCUAUCACAGUCAGUGCAAGGAAAUCCUGCCAGAGGCUCAUAGGGAGGCAAUGGAAUGAGCAGAUGCUGGAUGAAGCUUGCAAACUGGUGCUUGGAGAAAUUUCUCUCUCCCCCUCAGCUCCAGGAGGGAAGGUGGAAUACAGAAGAACUCUGCUUGUCAGCUUCCUUUUCAAGUUCUACCUGGAAGUGUUGUAUGGAUUAAAUAAAAUGUACCCAGCUAAGUAUCCUGACUUAUCCAAGAAGAACUUGAGUGCCCUAGGAGCAUUUCACAGCGAAGUACCCCAGGGUAUGCAAACAUACCAGGAUGUAGAUCCAGCGCAGCCUCCCCAAGAUCCAGUAGGACGUCCCAUCAUGCACCAAUCCGGGGUUAAGCACGCCACUGGUGAAGCUGUUUAUUGCAAUGACAUUCGUGCUGUGGAUGAAGAGCUUUUCCUGGCUGUGGUAACCAGUUCCAGAGCCCACGCAAAGAUUGUAACAAUUGAUGUAUCAGAAGCCCUCAAAGUGCCAGGGGUGGUUGAUGUGGUAACAGCUGAAGAUGUUCCAGGGAAAAAUGGCACUGAUGAUGAGCAAGCAUAUGCAAAAGAUGAGGUGAUCUGCGUGGGUCAGAUUGUCUGUGCUGUGGUUGCAGAGUCAGCUGUUCAGGCAAAGCAAGGGGUUGAAAAAGUGAAGAUAGAGUAUGAAGAUCUGGAGCCAAUACUGACCAUUGAGGAUGCAAUAAAGCACAAUUCAUACUUUGGAAAAGAGAAGAAAAUAGAACAAGGAAAUAUUGAAGAAGGAUUUAAGUCUGCCGAUGAAAUCAUUGAAGGUGAAAUCCACAUUGGAGGGCAAGAACACUUUUACCUGGAAACUAACAGUGUACUUGUUGUUCCAAGAGGAGAGGAUAAUGAAAUGGAUGUGCAUGUGUCCACUCAGGAUGCAGCGCGUGUACAGGAAUUUGUGGCUUUGGCUUUAGAUGUCCAGUCCAGUAAGAUCAUGUGCCACACAAAACGCGUUGGUGGAGCUUUUGGAGGGAAGAUUACAAAGCCUGCAAUUUUUGCUGUAGUUGCAGCAGUGGCAGCAAACAAGACUGGGCGUCCAAUCCGCUUUACCCUGGAGCGAGAUGAGGAUAUGCUAAUCACUGGAGGCCGACACCCUUUCUUUGGAAAAUAUAAAGUAGGAUUUACAAAUGAUGGUAGAAUCACAGCUGCAGAUAUUGAGGCCUACAUUAAUGCUGGAUGUACUCUAGAUGACUCUGAAAUGGUAAUUGAGUAUGUUGUGCUAAAAACGGAUAAUGCUUACAAGAUCCCUAACCUCCGAAUCCGGGGACGUGCCUGCAAGACUAAUUUGCCAUCAAACACAGCGUUCCGAGGAUUUGGCUUUCCACAAUCGGGUUUGUUUACAGAAUCCUGGAUAACGACAGUGGCAACCCAAACUGGCUUGCCACAAGAGAAGAUCAGGGAGAUAAACAUGUACAAAGAAGUUAAUCUAACUCCCUUCAAAGAAGAGCUCGAUGCAACAAACCUGGUGAAAUGCUGGAAAGAAUGUAUGGAGAAGUCUGAAUACUACAGCAGGAAAACAGCUGUGGAAGAAUUUAACAAGCAAAAUUACUGGAAGAAGAAAGGGAUUGCCAUUAUUCCUAUGAAGUUUUCAGUUGGAUUUAAUGCUACACAGUACCAUCAGGCUGCAGCUCUGGUCCAUAUCUAUACAGAUGGGUCUGUGCUGGUGACUCAUGGUGGAAUUGAACUGGGACAAGGAAUUCACACCAAGAUGUUGCAGAUUGCCAGCCGUGAACUGAAGGUACCACUGUCAUAUGUACACUUUUGUGAAACAAGCACGAUAACUGUGCCUAAUGCGAUAGUCACAGCAGGAUCGAUUGGCUCAGACGUCAAUGGAAAAGCAGUCCAGAAUGCUUGUCAGAUUCUUCGGAAACGCCUGGAGCCCAUCAUUAAUAAAAACCCUGAAGGGAAAUGGGAGGACUGGAUUACUGAAGCUUAUGAUCAAAGUGUGAGUCUUUCAGCUACUGGCUACUUCAGAGGCUAUAUGGUAAAUAUGAACUGGGACACUGGGGAAGGCCAGGCUUUCCCAUAUUUUGUUUUCGGAGCUGCUUGUUCUGAAGUGGAGAUUGACUGUCUGACAGGAGAUCACAAGAACAUCAGAACAGACAUUGUCAUGGAUGCUUGUUUCAGCAUAAAUCCAGCUGUAGAUAUAGGACAGAUUGAAGGUGCCUUUGUUCAAGGAGUUGGACUUUAUACAAUGGAAGAAAUAAAGUUCUCCCCAGAAGGAGAGCAGUAUACUCUGGGUCCAGAUACGUAUAAAAUCCCUGCUGUCUGUGACAUACCUGAACAGUUCAGGGUUUACUUGCUGCCAAACUCCCGAAACCCAAUUGCAAUCUACUCCGCCAAGGGAAUAGGCGAGGCAGGGCUGUUCCUGGGAUGUUCUGUGUUCUUUGCUAUCUGGGAUGCAGUGGCUGCUGUGCGGAAGGAAAGAGGAUUAACUGGGACCUUCACCCUGAACAGCCCUCUGACGAUUGAGCGGAUUCGAAUGGCCUGUGCCGAUAACUUUACUGAGAUGAUUCCCAAAGAUAAGCCUGGAACCUAUAAACCUUGGGCCAUUGACAUAGCCUAAUACUGUAUCUUCCAAAGUAUGAAAUAAUUAUGUGACAGUUUCCAUCACUGUUGGUUUAAAGCAUUCCAAAUGUAGUAAUAAAAUAUUUGAUUUAAAACCCA